CCGAGAGAAGGAGGAACAAAGAAUAUUCUUCUCGAUAUAGUCUAUGAAGUAUGAAGUUGAGAAGCUUUUGUUUGCGGGGUAACCUUGUGCGGAGGAGGUCUGGCGGCAGAGACCUCAGAGUCUUGGAAUGAAUGAAUGGUCCAGAACGCCGAGAAACCGAGAAGGAUUGGAGACUCGAGAUUAGGUACCUUCUACUCCGCAUAUUGCGAUGAACCUCUCUCUAGCUAUCUAUCAACUAGCAGAUGGUGUUCCAAUGAGUCAGUCUUUGCAAAGGGGUACCGACCCCACUCGGGAUCCCUAUAAAUAUCUAGAUCCCCCUCCAGUCAAGGAAUCUUUCUGUCAGUCUCGACUCACGAGCAGGCUUGACUGAGUCUCCUUUCAUCAUCUCUCACAAUGGACAUCAAACCGCCGACCAACGCAUUUACCACCGCCAAAGCUCCAACAUUCGCCCAAUCCCGCAGCAUCCCCGAGUCCCCUCGAGCUGGUCUUCACGAAAUCCCUCCACGGAAUGCCUUUUCUAUCAUCGAACCCCCGCCAGACCUCUCCACCCUCACCGUCUCCAACACCACCAUCAACCAACACCUCCACUCCUCGUCCGAGGAAACCUGCCCCGACGGCGGUCUCCAAUCAUGGAUCGCCAUCUUCGGCUCCUUUUUCCUCCUGAUGGCCUCCUACGGCCUCAUGAACUCCCUCGGUGUUCUUCAGAGCUACUUUGCCACGCACCAACUAUCCAACUACUCCGCCAGCUCCGUCGGCUGGAUCCCAGGCAUCUUCAUCUUUAUGGGUCUGAGCUUGGGCGUCCAGGUCGGUCCGCUGUUCGAUCGCUACGGACCCACCGGCAUCACGAUCGUAGGCACAUGUUGCUACGUCGUCGGGCUGGCCCUUCUCGCCGAAUGCACGGCAUACUGGCAUUUUGUCCUCGCGUUCGGGAUACUCGCUGGAAGUGGUGCCGCGCUACUCAGCACAGUAGCCAUGGGAACAGUCCCGCACUGGUUCCAGCGGAGGGUCGGGCUGGCAAUGGGGAUCGCCAUGGCUGGAUCGGGACUCGGGGGUGUGAUUUUCCCCUGGGUGUUGAGAUUGGCGCUUCCGAGGUUUGGGUAUAAAUGGGGGACGAGGUUUUUAGCUUUGCUGGUCCUGACUCGCUUGCCUCGAGGGGUGUCUAAGUCGGGGAUUAAUUUGAGGUGUUUUCGCGACUCGAGGUUUAUGUGGUUGACUUUGGGGACUUUCAGCCUCGAAUUGGAAGUCUUUGCCGGGUUGGGUCUCUAUCCAACCUACGUGGUGAUGCAAGGAUACAGCACCAACACCAGCAUCAUUCUUCUUUCAAUACUCAACGUAUUCUCCUGCAUAGGUCGACUCUUCGCAGGCGCUACGGCCGAUAAAUACGGUCGACUCAACACCCAAACCGUCCUGAUCGCCUUUGCAGCUGUCGUCGUAUUCGUUGUUUGGCUUCCAUUUGGUAACACUCUAGUCGGCCUAUAUCUAUUCAGCAUUCUGUUUGGAUUAGCAUCUGGAUCUUUCCUCAGCCUUGCCCCGGUCUGCAUCGGCCAGAUAUCCAAGGCUAGCGAAAUUGGCGGGCGGUUCGGGACGUGCUACUCCAUUGUCAGCAUUGCAACGUUGGUUUCCAUCCCCAUUGGUGGUGAAAUGCUGGAUGCUGUCGGUAAACAGGCCAUGGUUGCUUACCUUGGUGGUGUCCUCGUUCUGGCGCUGUGCAUGUUCCUGAUGGCGAGAUGGGCUUGUUUGAAUUAUCGGUGGAGAUGGAGAGCUAAGAUUUAAACUUUGGUGGUUUGGCACAGGAGUUGGUUGAUUGGCGGUCCCGGAGAAAACCCUUCCCAAGUGGAAGGAAGUAGAAUCAAAAGUUCAGGGGGUGAAGGGGUGCGGAGUGCUUUUCAUGUCAAAGCCAGCUCGGACUAUAGCGAAUAAACAAGCACCGCUUGGAAUUG